GUGUGGGUGUGUGUGUGUGUGUAAGAUUUUUUGUUCCUGUGCUGUUCCGUAUCCCCCUUUCUUCAAGCAGACGGCAGAGCGCUGCUGAGCAGAGCAGUGAGGCGGGAGAAGAAGCGGCAAAGCAACUCCUCCAAGAAGAGGAGAAGGAGAGUUUGAGCACAAAGUGAGAGCACAGGAGCUGCUUUUUUCUUCUCUCCUAGCUAGCCUGGGCACACGCUUCUCAAGAUGAUGCGUGCGAGAGGAGGGCUCUCUGUAGGCAGACUGGUGGAGGUGUGUAUCCAGGUUCUGCUGCUGUGUAAGGCUGCCGCGGCGUGCCCUGCGCUCUGCACUUGCAGCGGCACCACAGUGGACUGCCACGGGCUGGGGCUCAAAACCAUGCCCGGGAACAUCCCCCGAAACACAGAGCGGCUGGAACUAAAUGGAAACAAUCUCACACGCAUCAACAGAAAUGACUUUUCUGGACUCAAGUAUCUGCGAGUUUUGCAGCUGAUGGAGAACCAGAUCGGGACGGUGGAGCGCGGCGCGUUUGAUGACAUGAGAGAGCUGGAGAGACUACGUCUGAACAGAAACCAGCUUCACCAGCUUCCAGAGCUCCUGUUUCAGAAGAACGCCGCUCUGUCCAGACUAGACUUGAGUGAGAACUUCAUCCAGGCGAUUCCUCGCAAGGCCUUCAGAGGAGCAACGGACAUCAAGAACCUUCAGCUAGACAAGAAUCACAUCAGCUGCAUCGAGGACGGAGCUUUCCGUGCACUACGAGGACUUGAAGUUUUAACCCUGAACAACAACAACAUCAGCAGCAUCCCAGUGUCCAGCUUCAACCACAUGCCCAAGCUCAGGACCUUUCGUUUACAUUCCAACUCCCUGAUCUGCGACUGUAAUCUGUCCUGGCUGUCGCAGUGGCUGCGCGAGCGGCCCACCAUCGGUCUGUUCACGCAGUGCAGCGCUCCGGCUCCGAUACGAGGACUUAAUGUAGCCGAGGUCCAGAAACAUGAAUUCAGCUGUUCAGGUCAGUCUGAAGACGCUGCUGUGCAGUCCUGUAGUUUUGCCACGGGCUCGUGUCCGGCCGUCUGCACCUGCAGUAAUAAUAUAGUGGACUGCAGAGGGAAAGGACUGACUGUGAUCCCGGACAACCUGCCCGACAGCAUGACAGAGAUACGACUGGAACAAAACAGCAUCAAAUCCAUCCCUCCAGGAGCAUUUUCUCCUUAUAAGAAACUGCGCAGAAUAGAUCUCAGCAACAACCAGAUUUCUGAGCUCGCUCCUGACGCCUUCCAGGGCCUGCGCUCACUGAACUCACUGGUUCUGUACGGAAACAAGAUCACUGAUCUGCCCAGAGGAGUGUUUGACGGACUCUACGCCCUGCAGCUGCUCCUUUUGAACGCAAACAAGAUCCACUGUCUCCGUGCGAACACCUUUCAGGACCUGCAGAAUCUCUCGCUGCUUUCUUUAUAUGACAACAAAAUCCAGACGCUGUCCAAGGGCACGUUCACCUCGCUGCGCGCCAUCCAGACCCUUCAUCUGGCUCAGAAUCCCUUCAUCUGUGACUGUAAUCUGAAGUGGUUGGCUGAUUACCUGCGCUCUAACCCCAUCGAGACCAGUGGUGCCCGCUGCACCAGCCCUCGCCGGCUCGCCAACAAACGCAUCGGCCAGAUCAAGAGCAAGAAGUUCCGCUGCUCCGCCAAAGAGCAGUAUGUCAUCCCAGGAACGGAGGACACCAGGCUGAGCAGCGACUGUAAUAAUGACCCCGUCUGUCCAGCCAAAUGCCGCUGUGAGUCCACUGUAGUGGACUGCUCCAAUCUACAGCUGAACCGCAUCCCCGAGCACAUCCCAGCGUCCACCACUGAACUGCGUCUCAACAAUAACGAGAUCAGGGCGAUAGAGGCCGCAGGUGCUUUCAAGAUGCUUUCUCACCUGAAGAAAAUAAACCUGAGCAAUAAUAAGAUCUCUGAAAUCGAGGAUGGGGCGUUUGAGGGGGCGUCUUCGGUCAACGAGCUGCACCUGACAGCAAACCAGCUGGAUUCAGUGCACAGCGGGAUGUUCAGAGGACUGGACGGCCUGCGCAUGCUAAUGCUGCGCAACAAUCGCAUCAGCUGCAUUCACAACAACAGUUUCACGGGCUUGCACAGCGUCCGUCUGCUGUCACUCUACGACAACACGCUGACCAGCAUCACCCCCGGAGCCUUCGACACGCUGCAGAGCCUCUCAACCCUAAACCUGUUGGCCAACCCGUUCAACUGUAACUGCCACCUGGCGUGGUUGAGCAGCUGGCUGAGGAACCGUAAGAUCGUGACGGGAAACCCUCGUUGCCAGCGGCCGGCGUUCCUCAAAGAGAUCCCCCUGCAGGACGUGGCUUUACCAGACUUCCGCUGCCAGGAGGAUCAAGAGGAGGCCAGCUGCAUGCCGCCCGUUCAGUGUCCCCCAGAGUGCACCUGUCUGGAGACCGUGGUCCGCUGCAGCAACAAACACCUGCACGUCUUACCCAAGGGAAUCCCACGCAACGUCACCGAGCUGUAUCUGGAUGGAAACCAGUUCAGCGUGGUGCCAAAGGAGCUGUCCACCUUCAAGAACCUGCAGCUAGUAGACCUGAGUAACAACAGGAUCAGCUCUCUGACCAACUCUUCGUUUGCCAGCAUGAGUCAGCUGACGACGCUGAUCCUGAGCUAUAACGCUCUGCGCUGUAUCCCCACGCUGGCGUUCGGAGGGCUUCAGUCGCUCCGCUUGCUGUCUCUGCAUGGUAAUGACAUCUCUGAACUGCCUGAUGGGAUCUUCAGCGACGCUGCAUCGCUGUCACAUCUGGCGAUUGGUGCGAACCCUCUGUACUGUGACUGCCGUCUGCGCUGGCUCUCUGACUGGGUGAAAACCGGCUACAAGGAGCCUGGCAUCGCAUGCUGCGCCGGACCGCACGGCAUGGAGGGGAAACUACUGCUCACCACCCCGGCCAAGAGGUUUGAGUGUCACGGUGAAGUGGACACUGCUAUACUAGUGAAGUGUAACCCGUGCAUGUCCAAGCCCUGUCUGAACCACGGCAGCUGUGAGGCCGAUCACACGGACGGCUACAGGUGCCGCUGUUCAGACGGGUUUAAGGGCAAGAACUGUGAGACGCCGCUCAACGCUUGCGUCAGUGAGCCCUGUAAGAACGGAGGAACAUGCCACAUGUCUGGAGAAGAGGAUGAAGGCUUUAGCUGUUCGUGUGCGGCAGGCUUUGAAGGCCCCACAUGUGACAUUGACACAGACGAGUGUAAAGACAAUGACUGUCAAAACGGAGCAACCUGCAUAGACGGCAGAAACAAUUACACCUGUUUAUGUGCCCCUUUUUACACAGGGGAGAUGUGUGAGGAUAUGGAGGACAUGUGUGCUUCUGCUCGCAGUCCCUGCAAACACCAGUCCACCUGCUUCAUCACAGUCACUGGCCCAAAGUGUAUAUGCGCACCUGGUUAUGUGGGUGACGACUGCAGUGUGAACUAUGACGACUGUACUGACCACAGGUGUCAGAAUGGGGCACAGUGUGUGGACGAGGUCAACGGAUACUCCUGCCUCUGUCCCAAGGACUACAGUGGACAGCUUUGUGAAGUCCCAUCUACUCCACGCUCUAUCUGUGACCUGGCCGACUGUCAAAACAAUGCCCCAUGUGUGGAGCGGGGGGGCCAUGCAUUGUGUCAAUGCCUAGAAGGGUUUGGUGGACCACGCUGUGAAAAGUUGGUCAGUGUCAACUUUGUGGACCGAGACUCCUACCUGCUACUGAGUGACCCGAAGAACUGGCCUCAGGCUAACAUCACACUACAGGUGUCCACCGCAGAAGACAAUGGCAUUCUUCUAUACAAUGGGGACAAUGACCACAUUGCCGUGGAGCUUCAUGAAGGUCAUGUUAAAGUCAGCUAUGACCCUGGCAGCCAACCAAGUCAUGCAAUCUACAGUACUGAGACUAUCAACGAUGGUCAGUUCCACACUGUAGAACUGGUGACCUUUGACCAGAUGGUGAACCUUUCUAUAGAUGGUGGUAUCCCAACAACCAUGGACAGCUUUGGGAAGGUGCAGCCCUUGAGGGGAGAAGCUCCACUAUAUGUGGGAGGCAUGCCGGUCAGUGUCCACCCCACAGCUCCCCGCGUCUGGCAGAUCCAAAACAGCUCCAGUUUUCACGGCUGUAUUCAGAACCUUUACAUCAAUAAUGAGCUACAAGACUUUACCAAAACCCAGAUGAAGCCUGGUGUGGUGCCCGGAUGUGAGCCCUGCCGAAAGAUAUACUGCCUCCAUGGUAUUUGCCAACCCAACACUGCCAUAGGCCCUGUAUGCCACUGCCAGCCCGGAUGGAGUGGGCAACACUGUGACCAGCCUUCGGCGAACCCCUGCCUGGGCAGCAAGUGUGUCCAUGGGAGAUGUAUUCCAAUGGACAGGCAGUCGUACCGCUGUGAAUGCCUAGAGGGUUUUCAUGGAGCCCUGUGCACCCAGCGGGAAGAGCUCUUCAAUCCAUGCAGAAAGCUUCAAUGCACACAUGGUCACUGUCAGAUAUCUGAGACAGGAGAUGCCUACUGUCAUUGUGAGGUGGGCUACAGUGGAGAGUUAUGUGACAAGGAGUCUGAGUGCCACGGGGAGCCAGUGCGGGACUUCUACCAGGUCCAGCGUGGUUACGCCAUCUGUCAGACCACACGCAUGGUGUCGUGGGUGGAGUGCAACGGCUCCUGCGACACCGGCUCCUGCUGCGCCAGUCAAAGGAUGAAGCGCAGGAAAUACACUUUCGAGUGCAGCGAUGGCACAUCCUUCAGCGAGGAGGUUGAAAAGACCAUCAAGUGUGGCUGUGUGGGGUGCAUGUAGAACACAACCACUAGCAUCACCACCUCAUCCCAGUCCGACAGAUCCGCAGAAAGAGCCAUCACAAAAAGUCAACAGAAGUAGAAAUCAUCUUUCAUUGGGUAUACAGAGACAUACCCCCCCACCCCCACACCCCUCAACCCUUUAUAUUUCCACCACAGCCUGAAAUUUCAACCCUUUUUGUCCUUUGGUAAUGUCUCAGAAAGGUAAAAUAACACCAACUCUGCUGAGAGGAAGGUGAGCGAGGUGACCCCUGGCUUGUUUCAGCCCAAAAACUAGUCACAUAUUAGAAGAAAAUGAUGGUCUUUUUGACUCUCUCUGCAGUGCAGGACAUGUAUUUGAGCACUUCAGGCUCCAAAAUGGUGACGAAAGGAACAUCCACAUUUCCACCAUGCCUGUAUAAAACGAUAUGUAUGAUAUAUCUGUGUGGAAGAACACAUUCUCAGAGACAUGCUGGUCAAAUAAAAAAAGUCAUUUUGAGUUAUGGGUGGCAUACGGGUCUCUUCCAUGUGUCCUUGGCCCAAUUCCACUGGAAAUAUGACAUCUUUAAUAAAUGACAUGGGGGCCAAAAAUACCCAGCAGCCUUCCAUGUGAAUGUGUGAAGAGCUCUGCGACGCUUCUGGUACCGUAACAGAGAGUUGCCUUGUUGGAGGGGAGCUUCUUCACUAUAUCUUGACUUUUGAAAGAUUGAGAUAGCUGAAGCAAAUGAAAGUCCAAUAAAAGGAUCCAUUCGAUCUAUUCCAUACAGUGUUUGUGAUUCCAUUACCUCGGAGAACUCUACAGAAUGUACGGGAGAGCUGAAGUCGAGCGCUAGCUAGAUCUCAUCACAGUUUCUAAGAUGCAUGCUCAUUGUCACGUGAUGUCUGGAUUGUGGUUGAUAUUAGUACUGCUGAGCAGAGAAUAGAACAGCGCUUAUGCAUCACCACUGCAGUGUCUCUGUUGGUCAGUGUUUAAACUGUUUGAGGGGUACAAUAUGACUAUGGGUGAUGACCACAACACUGUACACAACUCUUCUAAGUGACAGUUCUCCCAGAAACAGAAACGAUUCCACCAUGUUCCUUUUUAUUGAUUACCUCUGAAAGCUACUGCGUUCAUGAAGGUUGGCAAAUUGCCAUGAACAUUGUCCUAGGAUUGAAACACAAGUGCAGUUUGGCUCAUUUCAUUUAAUUUCAGUGGGUGUUUAUUUCUAUUUUUUUGCGUCAAUUUCCUUUUCCUAACUCCUUAGACCUUCACUUUAUACAGAAAUGCUUAACAGAUUCUAAUAUAUAUUUGUAUUUCAUUUUGGUAUAGUAUUUUUAUAUGUUAUAAGAAUAAAUUUGCGUUUUCAGGAUUUUACUCUCAAACAGCAGUGUUAAAUUCGGUGACUUUUGGUGUUUUAUUCAGUCAUUGCUUAUGCAGGUCACAGUGGUUUGAAGCAUAGAUCAUUAUUAGCCUUAUUGUAAUAGGAGCCAGUGUCGAUUGUUUUGGAAGUUUUCUUUUUUUCUUUUAUUAUUGUAAAUGUUGUCUUCCAUGUGAAUACCACAUUUGAUUAUUUUAAAAUAUCUUUGUGUUGAUUUUGUAAUUAUUUAUUUUAAGACCUUUCCAGAUUAAACUUCAUUUAGGAGUAUGCUGAUUUUGAGUUGUGAAUAAAGAUGAAGACAUUGAGAUGAGGCAUUUAAAAAGAGUAGCUACCAUCCAGUCUUCAUAUUAAAGAGCAAGUCAACAGUGCGACUGCUACUAGCAGGUUCUGUGAUUAAGUGCAAACCAAAAGAAAUGACUUGCUUAUGAUGAGAACUAGCAGUAAUUUAAUCCCCCAUACAUUCAUUUUACCACAUGGUUGAUUUCUCCACAAAGUUUUGUUUUACUUUUGUGGAUACUUAUUGCUCUUAUUGUACACUGAGGUACUAGGAAUUAAGGUUAAUGUUAAUGUCACCGCUUCAAUGCAGACAAAUCAUUGGAAAGGGUUACAGAUAUUUAAUGUAGAUUGCAUGGGUUUCAGCUAACCUUGUGCCAGUCACAACCAUCACAUCAUGAACUCAAGGACCUUUAUUGUGAAAGAUACUGUCGCUGUUGUUGCAUAUAGAACAUUUAAGAGCUCUUGCUGUUUAUUCUCCCGAUGUUACAUUGACUAACUGCAGUUACUCCGAAUGUAAGUAGCGCCACCAAAAUGGUUACUGAACUUCCUCCUUUUUCAUUCAUUAAAAUGUGUGAUUAUA